ACACUCGGCUACUGCAGUCCUCAGAGCUGCGUCACGAUGGACAGGAUCUUGCUGGGAGUCUUGGUUCUCUCAGACCUGCUCAUCCUCUCUUCCUGCCUCCGUCUUCAGCCCGUCUACCACUUUGUCAAUCAAUCUCUGAAUUGGACUGAAGCUCAGUCCUACUGCAGACAGACCCACACUGACUUGGCAUCCGUUCUAAGCUCAGAAGAAAAGAACCGAUUCAUGAGCACUCUUUCGUCCGCCGGUCAUAGCGCUGACAUCUGGAUCGGUCUGUUCGAUGAAAUCGACUGGAGAUGGUCCGACGGCUUCACGGGGAGCGGCGCCGACUACAGACACUGGGACACUUCUAGAUAUGAACCAACUUUCCACUACUCCGUUGAGUUCUGCGUGAUGUUCACAUACUAUGGGGAGUGGUAUGAUGUCAGUUGCUCACAGAAUCGCCCGUUUGUGUGCUACAAAGGCUCGCAGUUGGUCCCUGAAUUUGUGUUUGUGAAUCUACCAACGAGCUGGUCCAGUGCUCAGACGUACUGCAGAAACAACUUCAUAGACCUCGCUACCAUAAAAAACGAUGCAGACAACAAGCGUGUUCAGAACCAGUUGCCUGGUUCUUACUAUCCAUGGAUUGGUUUAUAUAGAGAUCCAAAUUUUAACUGGUCUGACGGGAGCAGCGUCGAAUUUACCAGCUGGGACUCUGUUAUGAAUCCGCUUGGCUCAAAGACAGUCAUUUGUGGCGUUACAUCUUCUGCAAGAUCAGGAAAUUGGAAGUUUUUGCCCUGUGAAACAAAAUUACCUUUUGUCUGUUAUGGCCCUCCUGUAAUGAAACAGACUGUGAAGAUAAGACUUCGCACCGACAACUCCGUGGAUCUGAAUGACCCUGUUUUGAGGGAAAAUAUCCUGACAAAGCUCCAGAAUCGACUGCAAGAGACCGGAGUGCGUGGAUUCAUCCUGAAGUGGACAAAAAAGCCUGAUGGAAAAGUUUUCCAAAAGGAAAUUAAACACAUCUAGAGAUGAUAUGCCGGUUGAAAUAAAUAUAAUAUUGAUCAUUCUAAGUAAGUAAAAUAUUUGCUUCUAUAAAAAUCUAUUAUGGUAAGUGUGUGAAAUACAUCCAAAUGAUGUGACCACAAUAUAUCCUUAAUCUGCAAGUGUAAGCAUCUUGAAUAGUGUGGUGGUUGAAUAUUACAUGAAGUAAUGUUCUGUAGACUCUCCGGUUCGGUGCUCGACUGGUUUGAAUCUUACUUAAAGAACAGCAUUUCUUUGUUUCAAUUGGAAAUUUCUCAUCAAAGAGGUCAAAGGUCACAUGCAGGGUACUCCAAGGUUCAAUCCUAGGACCCCUCUUAUUCAAUAUUUAUAUUCUCCCAUUAGCUCAGGUUAUAACAGGAAACAAUAUUAGGUACCACAACUAUGCGGAUGAUACUCAGCUCUACAUUAUGAUGUCACCAGGUGACUCUGAACCCAUCCAAUCACUGAAUAAAUGUUUAGAACAGAUAAAUGUGUGGAUGUGCCAAAACUUUUUCCAGCU